AUGUUCUCCAACAUCUUGCUCUACAUUAUCGUGUUCUCCAAGUUUCUGUUCUUCAUCAUCAUGUUCUCCAAGUGUUUGCUCUUCAUUAUUAUGUUCUCCAACAUCUUGCUCUACAUUAUCGUGUUCUUCAACAUCUUGCUCUACAUUAUCGUGUUCUUCAAGUUUCUGUUCUUCAUCAUCAUGUUCUCCAAGUGUUUGCUCUUCAUUAUUAUGUUCUCCAACAUCUUGCUUUACAUUAUCGUGUUCUCCAUAAUUAUGUUCUCCAACAUCUUGCUCUACAUCAUCUCCAAGUUUUUGCUCGUCAUUAGCAUGUUCUCCUUUAUCUUGCUCUACAUUAUCAUGUUCUCCAACAUCUUGCUCUACAUUAUCGUGUUCUCCAAGUUUUUGUUCUUCAUUAUCAUGUUCUCCAAGUAUCUGCUCAUCAUUAUUAUGUUCUCCAACAACUUGCUCUACAUUAUCGUGUUCUCCAUUAUUAUGUUCUCCAACAUCUUGCUCUACAUUAUCAUGUUCUCCAACAACUUGCUCAUCAUGGUGUUCUCCAAGUUUUUGCACUUCUUUAUCAUGUUCUCCAACAUCUUGCUCUACUUUAACUCCAAGUUUUUGCUCGUCAUUAGCAUUUUCUCCUAUAUCUUGUUCUACAUAAUCAUGUUCUCCAACAUCUUGCUCUUUAUUAUCGUGUUCUCCAACAUCUUGCUCUACAUUAUCGUGUUCUCCAAGUUUUUGUUCUACAUUAUCAUUUUCUCCGAGCUUUUGUUCUUCAUCAUCAUAUUCUUCAACAUCUUGCUCUACAUCAUCAUGUUGCCCAACAUCAUGCUCUCCAUUAUCAUCUUCUCCAACAUCUUGCUCUACAUCAUCAUGUUGACCAACAUCUUGCACUUGAUAAUCGUAUUCUUCUAUUAA